AUGGCAAAAUCCGAAAAGGUUCUUGGUGAAGUCGCUAGUUGCUUUAAUUUAAAGAUUAGGCACAACGUAGGGAAGAAUGCCUUCAAUAUAAUUGAGGAGAUUGAUAGUGUGAUGAGACGACACUCUCUAAUUACUUGGACUGAUCAUCCCAUUCCUCUGGGCAAAGUACUCUAUUCAAUGAAGGCAUCCACCUCCACCCCAUCAAUUGAACACAAUGUAUUCCAGUCAAGAGAGGUGACUUUUAAAGAAGCACUAAAAGCACUUGGAUCAAACCACAAAGACCCUAUUGCUAUUCAGAAAGCUGUAGCAGACUACCUUCGUAUAGACCUAAGUGAAAGCACUAAAUCAGCCAGAGCAGAUAAACUUCGUAAAUGGUUUAAUGACAACUCUGAUGGGGGUAAGAAUAAGUUCCUCAUAAUACUUGAUGAUGUUUGGCAAUUUGUUGAUCUAGAAGAUAUCGGUUUAAGUACUUCUUUACCAAAUCAAGGUGUCAACUUCAAGGUCUUAUUGACAUCACGAAAGAAAGAUAUUUGCACAAUGAUGGGAGUUAAAGAUAAUUCAAUUAUCAAUGUCAAAGUCUUAGAAGAAGAAGAAGCACAAAAUUUGUUCCUCCAAUUCGUAGAAAUUUAUGAUCGGGAGCUUCAUCAGAUACGGGUAGAUAUAGUAAAGAAGUGUUGUGGUUUACCCAUUGCCAUAAAAACCAUGGCCCUAACUCUUAGAUAUAAAAGCAAGGAUUCAUGGAAAGAUGCACUCUCCCGUUUAGAGGACCAUGAAACUGAAAAUGUUGCAAAUGAAGUUUUCGAGAUGAGCUACCGCAAUCUCCAAGAUGAGGAGACCAAAGCCAUUUAUUUGCUUCGCGGUUUGUUCCCCGAAGACUUUGAUAUCCCUACCGAGGAUUUAGUGAGAUAUGGGUGGGGAUUAAAUUUAUUCAAAAAAGUGUAUACCAUUAGAAAGGCAAGAACGAGGUUGUAUUCUUGUAUUGAGAGACUCAUGGAUUCAAAUUUGUUAAUUGAAAGUAAUUAUGUUGGGUACAUCAAGAUUCACGAUUUGGUGCGCGAUUUUGUUUUAGAUAUGUAUUGUAAAGUCGAGCAUGCUUCAAUUGUCAGCCAUGGUAAUAUGCAUGGUUUUAUUGAAAAUAAUAUGACCGACUCUUGCACAGCAAUUUCAUUAUCAUGUGAGAGUAUAUCUGAGUUUCCAAGAGACCUUAAUUUCCCAAAUCUAACGAUUUUGAAACUUAUGCAUGGAGAUAAGUGGCUAAGGUUUCCUCAAGACUUUUAUAAAGGAAUGGAAAAGCUUCAGAUAAUAUCUUACGAUGAAAUGAAGUAUCCAUUACUUCCUUCAUCACCUCAAUUCUCAAUAAACCUUCGAGUGCUUCAACUUCAUGCAUGUUCAUUAAGAAUGUUUGAUUUCUCAUGUAUUGGAAAUAUGUUGAACUUGGAAGUGCUCAGCUUUGUUGAUUCUGGAAUUGAUCGGAUACCUUUGACAAUUGGAAACUUAAAGAAAUUAAGGCUACUUGAUCUGAGAUGUUCUCAUGGUCUUUGUAUAGAACAGAGUGUCUUGAAAAAUUUGAUCAAACUUGAAGAACUUUAUAUUGGAAAUUCAUCUGGUCUUAUAGAUGAUAACUACAAUGAGUUGUCAAAGCGUUCAAGCAGCCUUUUCGCAUUAGAAUUAGAGUUCCUUAAUAACAAGGAUCAAAUGAAGAAUGUGUCAUUUAAGAAUCUUGAACGAUUCAAGAUAUCAGUGGGACGCCGUUUAGAUAGAUAUAUCAGUAAGAGUAGUCACCCAUAUGAAAACACGUUGCAGUUAGUGACCAGCAAAGGUGACAUACUAGACUCGAAACUUAAUGAGUUGUUUGUGAAAACUGUGGUGCUUUGUUUAAGUGUAGAUGACAUGACUGAUCUUGAAGAUGUUGAGGUAAUAUCUUCAAAUUCUUAUCAAUCCUCUUCAUUAUGCAAUUUAAGAGUCCUUGUCAUUUCUGGUUGUGCGGUGUUGAGAUACCUUUUCAAACUCUGUGUUGCAAACACUUUGUCAAAUCUUGAGCAUAUGGAAGUUUAUGAGUGCGAUAAUAUGGAAGAAAUCAUACAUAAUGGGACUGGGGGUAGUGGAAAAGAAACAAUUACAUUCCCCAAGCUGAAAUUUUUAUCUUUGGGUGGACUACCGAAGCUAUUAGGUUUGUGCCUUAAUCUCAACAAAAUUGAGUUACCACAACUCAUAGAUUUGAAACUUGAGGGCAUUCCAGGUUUCACACGCAUUUUUCCACUAGAAACAUCUACUUUGUUUAAGGGAGAGGUUGUGAUUCCUAAGUUGGAGACACUUCAAAUUGAUGACAUGGAGAACUUAAAGGAAAUAUGGCCUUGGGAACUUAAUAGAGAUGAGAAAGUUAAAUUGAAAGAGAUUGAAGUGAAUAAUUGCCAUAACCUUGUGAAUCUAUUUUCGUGCAAUCCCAUGUCUCUGCUGUAUCAUCUUGAAGAACUUAAAGUUAAGAAUUGUGGUUCCAUUGAACCGUUAUUCAACAUCGACUUGGAUUGUAAUGGUGCAAUUGGUGAAGAAGACAAGAUUAGCAGCUUAAGAAGCAUCAAAGUGGUGAACUUAGGGAAUCUAAGAGUGGUGUGGAGGAUAAAAGGUGCAUAUAACUCUCGUCCCCUCGUCUAUGGCUUUCAAGCUGUUGAAAGCAUAAGUAUUGAAACAUGUGAGAGGUUUAGAAAUGUAUUCACACCUUCCACCACCAGUUUUGAUCUGAGAGCACUUAUGGAAAUGAAUAUAAGGGAUUCCGGUGAAAACAAGCAAAACAACGAAUUAGUAGAGAGUAACCAAGUGCAAGAGCAGACUGAUAUUCUGUCAGAGGAAGAGACAUUACAAGUUACUACUAGCUGUAUUUCUAAUGUAUUCCCAUCCUGUCUCAUGCACUCUUUUCAUAACCUCCAUAAACUCAAAUUGGAGAAGUAUGGAGGAGUGGAGGUGGUGUUUGAGAUAGAGAGUCCAACGACUAGUGAAUUGGUAACAACUCACCAUAACCAACAACCGCCUAUUAUACUUCCCAACCUCCAGGAAUUGUAUGUAAGUGAUAUGGACAACAUGAGUCAUGUGUGGAAGUGCAGCAAUUGGAAUAAAUUCAUCACUCUUCCAAAACAGCAAUCAGAAUCACCAUUCCACAACCUCACAAAUAUAAGUAUUUAUAAUUGCAAAAGCAUUAAGUACUUGUUUUCACCUCUCAUGGCUAAAUUUCUUUCCAACCUAAAGAAAGUCGAGAUAGAACUAUGUUAUGGUAUUGAAGAAGUUGUUUCAAACAAAGAUGACAAGGAUGAAGAAAUGAAUACAUCUACCCGCACAAGCACCAUCUUGUUCCCUCAGCUUGAUUCUCUCAUUAUAAGAUACAUGAAGAAUCUGAAGUGUAUUGGUGGAGGUGGUACCAAGGAUGGGAGCAAUACAAUAUCUUUCAACAAUACCACUACAGCUACUGCUUCACUUGAUCAAUUUGAGUUUUUAGAAGCAGGUGUCGCUUCUUGGAGUUUAUGCCAAUACGCUAGAGAGAUAGAGAUACAUAAGUGUGAUGUAUUGUCAAGUGUGAUUCCAUGUUAUGCAGCAGGACAAAUGCAAAAGCUUCAAGUGCUGACAGUAAGGUCUUGUGAUGGGAUAAAGGAAUUAUUUGAAAAGAGUGGUUGUGAUGAAGGAAAUGGUGGAAUUCCAAGGCUAAAUAACGUAAUUAUGCUUCCCAGUCUAAAGAUAUUGCACAUCGCAUGUUGUAGGGGUUUGGAACACAUAUUCACAUUCUCUGCACUUGCAAGCAUGAGACAGCUCGAAGAGUUAACUAUAAAAUAUUGCAAGGCCUUGAAAGUGAUUGUGAAGAAGGAAGAAGACAAUGCAUCAUCAUCGUCAUCGAAGGAGGUUGUGGUCUUGCCUCAUCUAAAGUCCAUUGUACUAUUGGAUCUACCUGAGCUGGAAGGUUUCUUCUUGGGGAUGAAUGGAUUCCUAUGUCCUUCAUUGGAUACGGUUGGGAUCAUUGAUUGUCCUAAAAUGCUGGUAUUUGCACCUGGUGGGUCCACAGCCCCCCAACUCAAGUAUAUACACACAGGAUUAGGCAAACAUACUCUUGGAGAAUGUGGUCUUAACUUUCAUGUCACAACUGCUGCACAUCGUUAG